AGCACGCAGCCUUCCUCCGCACAAUGACGGCGACGUUGAGCGUAAGCUUGCGUCUGACGUCACUUCCGUCUCCUCGUCUCCCCUGACAACAACAGCGUACACAGUGGUGCCCUGGCUGCUAUGGCUUCUAUGGCUGAUGUUGAGGAGACCCUAAAGAGACUUGAAACCCAGGAAGGUGUGAUCGGAACCAUAGUUGUUAAUUCAGAUGGUAUCCCCAUCAGAACCAAUUUAGAUCACGGCACAGCCUUUCAGUAUGCUGGACUGCUUCGAAACCUCUCCAUGAUGGCAAGGAGCACAGUCAGAGAUGUGGACCCUCAGAAUGAUCUCCGCGUCCUGCGCAUCCGCACCAGAAAACAUGAGAUCAUGGUCGCACCAGAGAACAACUUCCUGCUGAUAGUCAUCCAGAAACUACGUGAAUGAGUUGGCCUUUCCUACAUGGUGCUGGUUUCACUGGGAAAAUAUUUUACAAAUCAAAUCAUGUUGAUUAUCGUGCUGCAUAAUUUCUGUUGAUCUAUUUUUAACU